CGGAAAAAGCAACCGAACCGCUCGAACGUCAUUUUUCUUCGAAUGUUUGGGUAACUGCGUAAACAGCCUCAAAACUUGUCUUCAUUAUCUUCCUAGGAAACCUAUCGCCCAUGUAACUUCUUCAGUUAAGUAUCGAGUUCCUUCGCAGAAAAUCAGCGAAAUAAUCUCCGCAUAUGUGCAGAUGGUAACUGGAGUCAUAUUUGUGGAGAGCUGGGUGUCACUCAUUUUUUAAAUGUUUGGGUUGUCACGUAAACAAGCUUACAGCUCCUCUUUCAAUCUUUCUAAGAAACCGCUUAAGUGUCUUAUUCAAGUAUCGAGUUUCUUCGCAGAAAGUCGAUGAAAUAACGAUCAUUGCGAAUCUACAGUUUGUGUCCGAAGCAAGAGGAUAUUUUAAGGGCCUCAAAACACUCAGAAAACGAAGGUGGGAGGUCAAACGUCUAACCCAAGGACAGACCAGUUAGACAGUCAUGCAGCAGAUAUCUUCUGAUCAGCCACAGGCAGUAUCUGAAGCACAGUCACCCAUGGGGCAACAAGGCUAUGUCCCCACUGGACAACAAGGUAAUGUCCCCACUGGACAACAAGGCUAUGUCCCCACUGGACAACAAGGCUAUGUCCCCACUGGACAACAAGGCUAUGUCCCCACUGGACAACAAGGCUAUGUCCCCACUGGACAACAAGGCUAUGUCCCCACUGGACAACAAGGCUAUGUCCCCACUGGACAACAAGGCUAUGUCCCCACUGGACAACAAGGCUAUGUCCCCACUGGACAACAAGGCUAUGUCCCCACUGGACAACAAGGCUAUGUCCCCACUGGACAACAAGGCUAUGUCCCCACUGGACAACCUGUCCAAUCCGUUCCAGGCCAGGCAGGGCGGAUGGACAGAACCUACCUGAAAACAAUGCUGGGUGGCUCGAGAAUUUUUGAGUUUAUCCUCUUGUUAAUCGCCUCGGCAUGUGGUAUUGUUUACUCAAACCGUACUUUCGGUAUGGAUGGUCGAGCAACGUUUUUCGCAGGAGUCUCCACAUUUUGUUGGGUAAUGGUGAUAGUCCUCCAAAUUGGGUUUAUGCUUGGCAUCCACAAAGACCAGCGAUACUUCAAGACACCAUCAUAUUCCACACUGAUAGUUUUAGCUGUACAAGUCCUCAUGGCCAUACUUCUCAUCGCCAGCACUACAAGCCUGGCUAUGCCCGCUGUCGAAUGGUAUAAAGUUCACAAAGAUCACCUAGAUCGAUACGGUAGAAGCAUGUCUACUGACGGCGUGAACGUUGCAAUGCUCUUUUGCGCCUUGGUGGGUGGUGCCUUGACCUGUUUGACUUUCCUGGAAGACAUCCCACAACUGACAAAGAUUUACAGAUCACAAAGAGCAAAGGAAAUUGCUGCGGCUAAUACCCAAUAGCCUCUUUACUGACCUUCAACCGCAGUAGCCUGGAUCAGCAACAACGCAGCCCGUUUACAAAACUUUUUAGAAGACAGCUUUGUUUGAAAGCGCGUCCUCAGCUUUGAUUGAUUUUUGUUGGUUAGCUGCAAAAAAAAAAAAAAAAAUGUUAUAGAGAGCUGCCGUAUUGAAGCGAUCCUGUAUUGACUUAGUUCGUUUGUACUUGUCCUUUAUUCAUAUUCGACAUUUAUCAUGGUUAACCUUUUUCCGUAGCUAGAUUUUUUAACUUAAGUAUGUGGCAUUUAUCACCCCGAAGAAGCGAUAUCCGUAAGAGACCUACGAUCGUCGCAUAGAAUACUAUGUUUUUUUAUAUAUCGUUUACUGACCCCUAGUUGAAAUAAAACUUGGAGUAUAAAUUUGAAUAAAAAGUCUCACUGAACUGUCAA